AUGCGCAAGCUUACCCACACUGUAUUAAAAUCACAUUCUUCUGCAGUGAUUAAUGCUCGCAAAGUGCCCUCUAUCAUCAAAUCAAAUAAUAUUUUGAAUGUUUCAUGGCAUCCAUGGAAAGCUUUUCAAACAACAAGUCCUUGGCAAAAUCAAUCCUUCACACGGGACGGUUCUUCGGUUCUUGGGGGAAAGCCACCAACAGAGACAACAGACAACAAAUCCAUCAUCACCCUAGCAUUGAAAGACUUUGACACCUGGUCGGUUGCACAAGUAUCUGCUGUGUUGAUGUUGAGCAAACAGGAAGGGGGUAUCGGUUUGUCCGAGGAGAAGAUCAAACCACUCUAUGAUUCUGCUUUUGAUGGACUGGCUCUGAGCUAUAUUGCAACAGGUAUUAAGGGAAAUAGAUUAGAAGGAAAGAGUGAAAUCAGUUGUAUCGAACAUACCAUCAAGACAAUUACAAACAGUAAGGACUUUGCUUCAGUGCCGAAAACUACUUGCACAACUGUUGUUGAAUGGGUUGCUACCAAGUUGACACCUAAACCAUAUAGGUUGUGGAACACUCAAGAGUUAGAUGAUUUUCUUAGCAAACCAAAAGCCGAGGGAGGUGCUGGAUUGAGUGAUGAGUCCGUGGUCUACCUCCAUCGUGCCAAAAUCGACAACCUAACACUUGCCCGAAUUGUUACUGUCAUUAAGGAAGAAAGAAUGAAAGGCCUUACAGAAGAAGAAUGUAUUGAGCUUGCCACAAAGAUAAUGACAAGCGAUAAGGACUUUGCUUUAGUACCAGAAUCUACUUGUAAAGCUGUCACUGAGUGGGUUGCUGCCAAGUUGGCUCGAAAGGCUGAUGAGAGAGGUACUUUCAUUAACAUACCCUCCGAUUUGCUUGGUCAUUGGAAGCGCCAGUUGGGAGGAGAAAUAUCUGAAGGUUUGAGAAAGGAAAGAACAAAUGCAAAAUAUGACUACCUCCGUAAUUUACAUGAUCCAACAAACAUGAAAAAACUGGAAAAUUUCAUUGGAACAUAUAUUGAUCUUCCUGUCUUUGGAAAGGAAGAUAGUGAUUUAUCUCCAAAAGACUUUGAUCCAAAUGAUAAAUUUCUUUUAACUCAGCAACGAUUUGAUAUACUGAAAAAGGUUGUGAAUGGAAGCACUGGAUUGGUUUUAUCAGGUCCUCAUGGAAUUUCAAAGUCAUACACACUUUAUCUAAUAGCUGCCUAUGCCUUUGUAAAUUCCAUUCCAGCACUCUAUGUUCCAAAGUGUCGUUCCUGGCUCAGCACUUUCAACAUAGAUAAGGAAGUUGGUGCCAAUAACUACUUGCGUAGAUUGUUCUUUUCGCUGAAUAGUGACAUUCUUUCUACGACCCAAAUUAUGGAAUUACAGAAAUCAAGAAAUGUGGUCGAACAUUUGAGCACCCAUAUUGGAGAUAAGGGAUCUAUGUUCUAUUUGUUUGAUGAACACAAUGAAUUAUUCAGACCUGACUAUUACAAUAAGAUUCCUGCUUCUUUUGCUUAUUUUCAAGAUUUUAUCAGAUGGACAGGAGUUACAUCAGGGAAUUACACAGUUACUAUCUAUUGUGGAAGUGCUCAUAGCUCCUUCGAAGACCAUUUACCAGGAGGAGAAAGAGGAAGGGUAGUUAGAAUCACUCCUCCAACAAUGACAGAAUUUGAACAACUUGUUUCAGCUGUGGGUUUGAAUCCAAAGGAUAAAAGAAUAGCUCAUGUAACAGGAAGAAUUCCAAGAGAGUUGAAAUACUUGGCUGACCAUUUGAAAGGUAAAAAGGGUACUGAUGAAGAUUUCAACCAUUUUAUCACAGUAAGGCAGGGAGAAUAUGCUUCUAGAUUGCGCUCAUUAGUUAACAAAAUGGACAAAGAGGAGAAUGAUGAGUUUUUAAAAACACUUGAAGAUCUUUUUACUCUGGGUCUUUUCGAUGGAAGACCUUGCACUGUUUCAGGAAAUGUUUACGAUAUGGGUUUACUAUACAAGGAUUCUGAUCAAAACCUUUAUAUUAUUAAUGAUCCAGCAAAUAGAUGCUUAUUCCAUCACUACUGCAGCAAAGUUGACAUGCCACACAUACCCAAGAAUAUUUCUGUUUCACAGAAAGGAGCACUGUUUGAAAAAUACUUGUUAAGACGAGAGUAUGGACUUUGUAAACAUUUGGAUGGAAAAUUCUAUGUAACAAACAAGUUGAGUACAACCACAACAUCCACCUUAUCAUAUGAAGUUAACGAACAUGCAAGUUUGGAUCUAAAGGAUUUACAUUCCCUCAAUCGAAGAAACUAUUUGCGGGGAACAGGAGUACCACUACCAGAGUAG